CUGGCCGUACUAGGCUUUCUUGUGCUCAUAUGGCUGUUCAAGCUGCGACGAGCACACAGCUUAUACGCGCUCGAGCAACAGUACGGGUGCGGGAAUGUGGUCAAGGAGAAAUCCUCUCGGCUGGACCUCUUAGGUGUAUCGAAACUGCUCGAAUUCGCCUACCAUUUCCGCCAUAUGACUGCACUCGACUAUACAGAUAAGCUUUUCAAGAGAUAUGGAAAUACCUAUAUGUCUCAGAUUCUGGGUUAUCGCAUUCAUUUCACAUGCGAUCCUGCCAACAUCAAACAUAUACUCUCAACGGGCUUUGCGGAUUAUGACAGCUCCAAGCUGCGUGGCCCCUUGUUCAAUCCCAUAACACCACAUGGCAUCUUCACGGUAGAUGGCCCCGACUGGCGAGUAAUGCGCGACCAGCUGCGUACCCAGCUGUCCAAUAAUCGCAGAAUCUGUGACUUUGCAAUGUUCGAGCAGCAAUUCCAGACCUUCCUUCAGCGUGUACCGCCUGAUGGUCAAAGGUUCGAUAUCCAGGAAUGUUUCAUCAGCCUUGCAAUUGAUAUACAGAGCGGAUUCGCUUUGGGUGACUCGGUCGGCAAGUUGCAUCCCAGUCCCGCGCCGGCGAAGAAGCACUUUGCGGAAGACUUGCAUGUCAUCAAGGAGACUAUUGUUCGUGAUGGCUUCCGAGGCCCUCUGCGCCAUCUUUCGAGGAAACUUGAGUUUCGACAGUCUUGUGUAAGGGCGCGUCGCUUCGUUAUGGAUUAUGCGGAGCGGGAAGUAGCAAAGGGAAUUUCACAAGACAACGCAGAGGGAUACUAUUUUAUGAAGGGCUUGAAUGAAAAAGGAGCAGAUGCUGCUCAGUUGGCAAACCAGACUUUGAGUAUCUUGCUAGCUAACGAUAGCAUUGCUACUACAUUAUCGGGAAUCUUCUUCCUUCUGUCACAGCAUGAGAGAGUAGUGUCAAAACUACGACAAAUUGUCUUGGAGGAAAUAGGACAUAAUCCCCCUACAUACGACCAGCUCACAAAGAUUCCUUACCUCACAUACGUUAUCCAUGAGAGUAAGGAUGUCCUCAGUAUGCGAUUCUUCCCAGCAGCUCCGUUGAAUGCGCGAACUGCAAACAAACACACUGUUCUGCCAUUCGGUGGCGGGCUCGAUGGCAGCAAACCGAUUUUGAUCCGCAAAGACGAUGUCCUCGUCUUCUCUUCCUGGUCUAGCCACCGAUCGGAGGCCAGCUUCGGCUCAAACCCCGAGGAAUUUCGACCCGAGCGAUGGGAAAAGCUGAGCGCCGACGUCGCCGGGUUUAUACCAUUUAACAAGGGCCCUCGAAUUUGUCCCGGACAACGCUACGCUAUGAUCGUCAUUUCUUACAUGGUUGCUCGUCUAAUGCAGACAUUCUCAAACGUAACAGAUUACAAUCCGGGACCGUGGGUUGAGAGGAUAUCGAUGACCCUGGAGAACGACAAUGGUGUAUUGGUUGGGUUGAGUUGAGGUUCUAUGAUAGUAUUGAUGGCUGGCCUUGCUGGCUUAAUUCAG